UCGCCCGUACUACUCCCGCCCAGCGCUAUGCCGGAGCCAUGAUGAUGUCGCGCCACAGCUACGCAUCGCACCCAGUGACGAACGUGCACCACCAGCGUACCCCCGCCAACACCACAUUCAAGCUGCCCUACCAGACAUGGGAGGAGCGCGAGGCGACACAGUCCGUCCUUGAUUACUCCGCGAGGACUUUCUUCAUGACAGAGCUGCUCCGUGGCGCCUGGAUCGUGUUCAUGCAGUACCUGCGCGAGCCCUACACCCUGCACUACCCGAACGAAAAGGGCCCCCUGUCUCCUCGGUUCCGUGGCGAGCACGCCCUGCGCCGCUACCCGUCUGGCGAGGAGCGGUGCAUUGCGUGCAAGCUAUGCGAGGCCAUCUGCCCAGCACAGGCCAUCACGAUCGAGGCGGAGCCGCGUGAGGAUGACUCGCGCAAGACUGUGCGCUACGAUAUUGACAUGACCAAGUGCAUCUACUGCGGCCUGUGCCAGGAGGCGUGCCCGGUCGAUGCCAUUGUCGAGGGCCCCAACUUUGAGAACACGACUGAGACGAGGGAGGAGCUGCUGUACAACAAGGAGAAGCUGCUGGCAAACGGCGACCGCUGGGAGACCGAGAUUGCCCAGAACCUGCGGUCGGAGACCAUGUACCGCUAAGACGCAAGUCGCAUCUUUUCUACGUUUGUCACUAGUUUCAAAUAUACAGAGCCUUUUUGUUUU